AUGAGAACGGACGCUGGUUUUAGUGUAGAAGCCAUCGUUCCCUACUUGGUAUCUGUAGGUAUGGAUAUGUUACAGUGACGAGUGGACUAUGUUCCUGCUACUCCCUACAUACGAAGUGAAUAAACAUAAUAAAAAUGUAUAAAAUACUUUGUUGUUAACAUUUAUAUACAAUUUAUUUUGUUUUACUAUUAUACAGAAAAACCACAACGAUAAAAUAAUAAUAUUAAUACAAUUUUAAGUUUUAAGUUUAUUUCCCAGGUACAAACCUAUAGAAAUUAAUAACUCAAUCUUAAUUUUGUGUAAUAAUAAUAAACAACAAAAGCGUUCCUGGGUUGAUUAAAUGUAGUGGUACACAAAAAUUUACGAAAAAAUGAAAGCAGUUUCCGUCCGCGUGCAAUCGCUCCUUAUCCGAGCACUGUAUAUAAUAUAUAAUGCUAAUUCAUCGCAAAAACGAAGAUUCCUUGAAUCAUUUGGGUUUUGAAACAGAAAAAAUAACGCUUCUAAAAAAACUUAAGGACUUAACUUUUGUUUUAUCACCAAGGCACUAACAGUACAAUUUAAAAUGAACCUCAUACUAUAUUUUCAAGCAUUUAUGUUUGGUCAAACCAUUUUAUUCAUAAAAUACCUACCAAAUAAAAACUAAAAACUAGAAAAUAUAAAAUAUCUUUAAAUAGCUCGAAUAUCUAUAUAAGGUAACUUGUUGAUACCCAACCUAACCUUACCUAAUCGAUAAUCUGAUCUAGAAAAAAACCAAAUCGAAAAAAUUCAGAAUAACGAAAUCGUUAACGCUGUAAAUUUGUCAGUUUUUUUUUUAGGUUUUUCCCAAUUAUUAUAAAAACCGUUUAAAUACAAAAACCUUUUUAGUGCUUCAAAAUGCAACAAAAAAUAUUUCUUGUAACUUUUUGAUUGGUACAAGAUUUCGGGUAAAAAAUUAUUAUAGGUUCAAUUUUAUCCGAGUAAAUAUUAUAUUAAAUUCAAGUGGGUUAUAUGGUUGAUUCACAGCUUCGGGGAACCUUUGCUUGGCAUUAGCUAGAUAAGCUUUGGAACCGUUUAAAAUUUUCACACACAUUUACACAAGUAAUCAUCGUCAUUAAACAUCUAAAUUAAAAGUGCAUAAUUAUAAUAUUAUGUAUUUGGGAAACAGUGUUGUUUGGACGGCUAAAUCAGCAAAGUCUGUAAAGAAAAACUACUAAAGCAUUUAAAUUUAUUCGGUCCGUGAUCGAAUAAAAAUAAUAAACCAUACAGUCAACUGCAAUAUCAAAGCUUUAGAAUAUUAUCGUUAUCCGAAUUGAGUACAAACUUAUGAUGAUUAUAUAGCUUUGUAUAUAUAUACGAAGCAACAAAAAUUGAUUUUGCUUAAAACAGGUGUACCGUAAAGAUUGUAUAAGCCUUUUCAACAGUUUUCGAGACAAUUCUCAAAAAAGUUUAAUAAGUUUCUUCUAUAUAUGUUCCAGAAGUUCAAUUAUAGAAGGGUACAGCGAGUUGCAUAUUUAAAACCGUAUGAAACCCUUAAAAUUAAAUUAUUACAUUUAGUAUGCACAUAAUAUUAUUUUCGUGAUAACAAAUUUAUAAAAUUUUUAAAUGACUCUAUCUGCAGUAAACUCUAUCCAAUAGAGUAGCUCUAUGUGUCGUAUCAGCUAUCAAAAACUUGUUUGAGAUUGAUAAAUUUGUAAAAAUUCAAUAUUUAGGAGUCUAUGAAAAACAGAAAAAUUUGACGAGACAAAUCAAAAAUAAGGAUAAAUGUAAACUGUUAUAAUAAAUAAAUUAUUAUAUUAAAAAUAUAAUAUUUUACAAAUUCUAAUAAAACUGAUAAUAAUAAUAUAUAAUAUUACCUAACAUAGACAAAUCACUAUAAAAUUUAAAACUAAACAAAUCAUAAUUAAAAACACUUUCAGUUAGUAAAAAGACGUCGUAGGAUAAUGGGGACGAGUGAAAUCACUGAUAAAGAUAAUUUAAUGUAUACCUGCAAGCAACAAUAAACCAUUGCAUACAAAAAAAACGAUUCUUAGAGGAAUUCAGUUAAUAGUGAUGCUUUGUCAACAAUAUAUAUGUCAUAUUAUAGUAAAAUAAUUAAAUAAGCUUUCUAUAUUUUCUUUAAUAAUAUUUGUUUAAUGUUGUACCAAAUUUUCCAGUUUUCCUACGUUUUUCUCGGUUUUUCCAUGUUUAUCCUGGUUUUUCACAUUUGCCUAGAAAGCUCAUGUGAAAAUCGAAAAAUGACCUACCUAAAGUACCUCACUAGUGAAAUUUCUUUUUAGAAACAUUGCUAUUAUUAAAAAUCGGAUUUUCAAAUUUCAAAUUUGAUAAGAAAACCCCUUAGAAAAUCGAAUUAUGACCUCCUUAAAGUACCUCCUCACGCUGAUUUUCUUUCAGAAAAGGUGCUAUACGUAGAAAUUCGAGUAAGUAUUUUGGUAGAAAAGUUGCGCAUAUAUAAAAAAAAAGUAAAUAAAUACGCAUCCUAAGCUAACGAAAGCUUAAAUUGAUAGCUACAGAUAUUUUAAUACGUUUUGUAGUGUUUAAUACAUAGUACGUUAUUCUUUGAUAUUAUUUAAAUGUGAUAAAUAAUAUUAUAGGCUGUGGUGACGGACUAAAUAACAAAUUAUAUCCUUUUAUUCAUAUAUGGCGACAUUUGUUGGAUUAGAAUAACUAAAUGUAUUUUAUUUGUAUUAAUAUUUAAUAAAUUAUAUAAAUUAUGAUAGGUAAGUAAGUAGGUACCAUUACUAUACAGUAAAUUAGUAUAUCUACAUUUUUUAAAUUCAUAACAAAGGAUUCUCCAAUCAAAAUUUCACUGUUUGUUACGUACUCAAUAAAUAGUCACACUUAAUAGUAAAACAAACUAGGUAGGUAUAUUGUUAUUAUGUACUGGGUUAUAACUUUAAAAAAUAGUAAUGAAAAUAAAAUACAGUAAGUUAGGUUUGGUUAAUUAUGAUUCAUAAGUUACAUUAAGAAAAUAAAAACAAAAUAGGUUUUAUGUCAAUAAAAUAAAAAAUUUACGGUAUUUAGGUACCAAUCAAAUUUCUUUUUAGAAAUGUCUAUUUAAAUUUAGAACUUACCUAUUAGCGCAAGUUCUGGUUCAUAUAUCUGUGUAAUAUUUUUAACAAUAACUAUCUAUCAGUCUUGAUCACUAAGGUAAUUUUAAAAAGAUAGAUCUAACAGUUAUCAUAAUAUAAAAGUUUAUGAUAAGACCCACGGGCCUCGAUUAAAUGGUUUUACGUUCGCUUUAAGGAAUUAUACGUACGGAAAGUAUAUUUCCAGUAUACCUAUUUAUUGGUAUUAUUAACCUAACCUAACCUAACCUUACCUAAUUUUACAUCUAUGACUAGAGACUGGAACUAAAUCACCUAUUAGGAAUGUUUUAGUUAACAGUUCAAAUGAAAAAUAAUUAAUGUAUUAUAACUACGGUUAACCACGAGUUAAUGAUAUUAAUGAUCGCCAGAAUGUUUUAAACAUUUUAUUUCGUCCAGAAAAAAUCAAUAUUAGAAAAAAAAAAAAAAGAAAAAAAAGAAUACAAUCGAAAAUAAUGAAACCGUAAUUGUCUUUCACUUUCCCAAGUUUUCCCAAUUAGUAUAAAAACUGCUUAGAAAAUAAAAAAAAUAAUUUCUUGAAAGUAUAAACUAGAUCCGAAAUUCUACAUUGAAGCUCAAUUGUUGUUUUUUGAUUGGCACAAGAUUAUUGGUCUCUUCCUUCAUCUUAUCUAUUGCUUCUUGGUACUUACCUAUCAUAUUAAAACCAUAUUAAUAUAAAAGUAGAUUGAACUGUACGUAUACUGUAUAUUAUAUUUUAAGUAACCUUUAAAUUAGCUUCAGAUCCGAUACUGUGCUAUACGUAGCAGUUUGUUUUUAGAGACCUAUUUUACCAGUACAAGUUAACUGUGAGUCUGAGAACCCCUUGAGUCACCCCUUAUAUCCGACACUAGAUCAUAUUCUACCAAAAUCGUUUAGAAUAGACGAUAUUAACAGAUUUAACACAAUUAAUAAUAAUCACAAUAAUUGGUCUUAAUUAUCAGUAGAGCAAAUAUUUAUAUUUUUUUUAUUUCUCAGUUUACAUAUUGACUUUUAGAAGAAAAAGGUUAGUUAUACCGUAUUUUAAAAUUUCCUCAAAAUAAUUUCAACUCAACAUUGUUAUCUACUCGUAGACAAUAUUUUAAUUUGAUUCAUUCAAAAACGCGCACGGAUAUUGUAGCUACUAUAUAACAACUUAUAAUAUACUAGUGAGAAAUUCGAAACAUGAGCUCCUUUUGAAAGUAUGUAUCAUUCUUAUAAUAUUGUCUGUUAUUUAUAUAUAUAUGAUAUAUUUGUAUACAAGCUUUUACUACAUAGAUAUAUAUGUAUAUAUAUAUAUAAACAAAAAAACAAUAAAAUAAUACACAUCGUAGAGUAAAACCACGACGUGUAAGACAAUAAAAAUCUAAAAGAGAAAAUGUGUUUUCGGAAAUAAUAAGACAAAAUUGAAAAAAUGAUAAUAUUUUUGAAUAGAAGAUAAUAGGAAAAAGCAUGCAUGCAGUAGCGUCGAUAUCGGGUUUUCAUUAUCUGAAUAUAAUAUAGUUUGAAUUCGCUUUUCGUAUAGUAUUACAAUAAUAUUAUUUUAUUAUAUUUUUAAUUUAAUUUUAGUUAUAUUUCAUGACAAUCGGCAGUUAACAAUAGAAUAUAUAUAUAUAUAUAUAUAUGUAGGUAAUAACAAUUUAAUAACAGUAACAAGCAAUAACAAAGCUAUACAAUAAAAAAAAAAAAAAAAACGUACAAAUGGUAUUAGUAGCCAUAGAACGCAGCUAAAACAACUAGAGUACAUUUGGAUUAUUAACACAGAGCAUUCUGUGUUGUGGAUUAUUGAACCCAUAGACAGGCGGGGGACAUGAAACUGGCUAGGUUUUGUAUUCUAUGGGUAGGAACUUUGAAUGGAAUUUCAGCAAAUUAGUAUACCAGUAAAUUUGGAGCGUUUAAGGUUCCAUUUAAAAGAGAAGUUAAAAAGUGUUCAUUCAUAUCGGCGCGGCGAGAAGAGAGGGAUGGGAUGUUAAACAUACUACGUAGUCGAAAAUAGUCAUGGGGAGCCACAUAAGUCAAUUACACAGGAUGAUACCUCACCUAAUAUUACAAAUUGCUUUCUACCUGUGAUGUAAGAUUUGAACCAUCCAAGCAAUGGGCAUCCAAGACCUAGAACUCUAAUUCAUAAAUAAGUAGCUCGUAGUUGACUGUAUCAAAUGCCUUUAUGAAAUCAGUGAUAAUAACGUCUAUUUGAGAAUCAGACUCAAUAUUUUAAACAAAGUAAGAUAGAAAGGAAACACCAUUUGUGCAAAUAGAUUUACCUGGCCUGAAUUCAUGCUACUCAUCAAUCAAUAUAUGAUUAAGGCUACGUCUAAUGCUCUGAUAAACGAAAGAUUCAAAUAUCUUGGCACUAUGUGAGAUAUGGAUUUCGGUUUAUAAUUAGUGACAUCAGAAGUAUCACCGGAUUUCAAAAUAGGUUUUACAAAACAGAUUUUUCAGAUAUUAAGGAACGUAUCUUCAUCUAAAGACUUUCUAAACAGUAGGAAAAACAGAGAAAAACUAGGCAAAUGGCAGUUGAAGAGAAAAAGAGCCGGGAUUGCAUCUGGACCUGUCUUGGUCUUACUACAUAAGGUUGAUAGCGCGGAUAGAAUAGCCUCCGGAAAGAUGCAGCAAUUUGAAGUGAGAUCAAAAGGCAGACUAUUAGGGCUAUGUGAUUGGGGCAGGUUAGGGGUAAAACAACAGAAAACUGAUUUAAAGUAGUUAGAGAAUAGGUUAGCAGAUUCGGAUGGGUUAUUUGACGAUUGAUCGCCAAAACAUACAAAAACUGAAAUUUCAGGAUGUUGUUUAAGAUCACGUGUCCUCCACGGAUAAAUAAACUUGAGUUUGUGUUCCUGUCAAAUCUGAAAAUAUGGAACCCAACGAAACCUAGUUCAGCGUUACUUAUAUCUGGAGUGAGCCAAGUUUCAGUUAAUAUGAUAAUAUUGAAUUUUUUUUCCCCUUUUUACCUAUACAAAGAAACAAAAAAUGCAUUUGGGGUGUACCAGAUUCCUAAACCAUCGCUCGCUCUGAUUAUUUUAAUCGCAAAAUACCCCGCGAUUUGUUGUGUAAACUAUUUUCUAUCAGAUAUCUUGUUCUGAUAUAUCAAGUUUAGCUUAUUUUUUGAAAGGAAAUUUUAUCUACAUAGCACACUAAAGAGAUCAUUUUUUGAUUUUUCAAGCGGUUUUUAUAAUAAAUGGAAAAAAUACGAAUAUAUUAGGUAAAUAUUACGAUAUCAAAUAUUACUUUUUUUUUUUAAACGAUAGCACUUUUUUUGAGAGGAAAUCUGACUGAGAAAAUACUUUAGAGAGGUUAUUUUUCGAUUUUCUCAAGAUAUUUCCUAGCAAAAAAACUGUGAACAAAUGGGAAAACUGGAAAAACGGGAAAAUCAGUACAUUAUUAAACAAAUAUUAAUAAAAACAAAUAUGUAAUACCAAUUUAAUUAUGUUACCAUAAUAUGAUAAAUAUAUUGUUGACAAAGCAUCACUAUCAACUGAACUCCACUCAGAAUCGUAUUUUCGUUAGCAAUGGUUUAUCGUUAUUUAUAGAUAUACAUUAAAUUCUCUUCUGCAUCUUACCUUCCCAACUUUCCACCUACAACAGUGGCUGCACCCGUGUAAGUAUAUCCGUCUAUUUCUAAAUAGUUUUACAAUUACAAUUCUAUUUAAAUCUCUAAAUUAAUAUUCCAUACAAUAAUAAUAAUAAAAUAAUCACACGAUGAAUAAUUGUUGGACGAUAGUCACUAGGAAUUAUCUAUUAUGAUAAAGUUGCACGAUGAAAUUUUUAGGCGAUGAAGUGGCAUACGAUGAAAUGUCGUUGAUGAACUGUCGCUUAGUAAACUUGUCUUAUGAUAAAGUGUCUGUAAAACAAUCCCGCCUUUUUUCCCCCUAUGUAGGUAACCGAUAUUUAGAUAAAAUAUUAUUUGUUUCACUCGAAUGGUUAUUUAUGGGUUCAAGGUUUUCCAAUAUAUCAUCAACACCCCUUUUUUUUAACUUUAGAAUAUAUUUUAAGGUUCUCCUAUUAUAAAAAAUAAGAAUUAUUUUUAUUUUCAGACUGAAGAAAAUUAACCAUCCAGUUAAAUAAAAUAAUAUUUUAUAAUUCUACUUUUAGAUACUGAGUGAAGCGAACUAUAAAUUUUACUAUGGUGAAGUUUUUUUUUGUGUCUGCAAACAAUUUAUCGAAUAGAAAUUUCGCUUCAAUUGAAAAAUGUAUAAGACAUUUUUUGUAUUAUUUUUGAGAUGUCAGCUGACUAGUGCACUGAGGAUGUCAGUUUUUGAUUUUUUUAAGAACAUAUUUGUUUAGGGCAUGUUUUAAUCAGUUUCAGUGCUCAAUAUUUGAUAGAUUUAUAGAGUAUAUAAAUCUAUGGCCUAUUUAUAAAUUAUUGUAUAAGUAAUAAAUUUAUUAUUUUAAACAUAUUGCAUGUGGUUACUACGAGAAGUAACUGUUAUAUUAUUAUCCAAUACGACCCAACCAUCGAUCUGCCGGACGAACCUAGAGUAAUCGAGAGUUUUUUUCGAAAAGCGACUCUUUCAUUUUUUUUUCUUUUUCGUACACGAAUUAAACGAUAUACUCGUAUACGACUUUUACGCACAUUGACACGGAUUCGGAACUGAAUGCAUUACUAUUAUAUACGAGUAUCCCGUCGUCAUCGACGACACAAAAGAAUACCCCACCAUUUUAUCGUUUAGAUAUUUUCCUUUCUGAUAGAGUUCGCUUCUAUAAUACACGGUACAGUUCUAUAUAUAUAAAAUGGCCGUAUGACAUUAUACUUCGACUCUCUCUUUCUAUCGUGUCUUAUAUUUUUUUCGUCCAAACAAAACGAAAGUCCACCAAGAAAAAAAAUCCUAUAAUAAUACGUUUUUUUCCUUCCUAUUAUUAUAAUAAUCAAAUAUAAUCGGAACUUACCGUUUACUAUAGCAUACUCAUUCUUCACGCGUCCAUUCACAAACGUUUCGUCCGUAAAUAAUUAAUGAAUUUAUACUAUGCUUACCUAUAUUCAAUAUAAAUAUACACAUAACCUGCAAAUGACGUCGUCGUUCUCUUACAAUCCGAUUAUAUUAUUGUAUAGUUAUCACGCCGAUAUAUACAGAGUGAUUUUUUUUUUUUAUCAUGAACCAGCAAUUAUCUCGGAGAAUUUUAAGUGAAUUUUAUUUCUGUUUUUUCUAAUCAUUAUGGAAUCAUUUAAGCUUUAUUUUAAAACCAUUAUUAAGUUUUUAACCCUACUCCAUAUACCUUAAAUAGGUAUAUUCUUUUGCUUCUCAAAUAGGAUUCCUCCCUCAUUUUGAACACAUAUUUGAAUAAAGAAUAUUUUUUAAGAGAUUUUGAUAUGCAUAAUACUAAUAUUAGAUUUAUCGUUUAUGAGUUAUAACAGUUUAAAGUUUAGACGGAAGAUUAGGGAAGGAUAAAAUAAACGCAACUUAUUUAAGGUAUAUGGAGUAGAGAUAAAAUAUUAAAAAUGAUUUUCAAAUAAAGCUUAAACCAUUCCAUAAUGAUUAGAAAAAACAAAAAUCAAAUUCAUUUAAAAUCCUCCGAGAUAAUUGCUAGUUCAUGAUAAAAAAUCGCUCUGUAUAAGCGUGUUAUUUAAUUUUCAAUCGAUAAGAAAGAAGAAAGAAUACGAAUAAAGAAAGAGAAAAAACCAAUGAACGUGAAAUCACGAAUUAAAAUCGUAUUCCCCCCUUGUUAUUAUUAUCUUCUGCACAUACAUAUUAUACUCAAUAUAUUAUAAAAAUCCCGUAAAAAUUUCAACAGACUUUCACGCACUUUAUGCAUAUUGUAUGUGUAUUUUUUAAAAAAAAAAAAACUUGUACUGAUGCAUAAAUUGUAGCAUCUAUUUUCAAAGGAAAUUGUAUCUAGUUAGUAUAUUAGACAGGUACUAGUAUUUUGAUUUUUCAGUGGGUUACAAAAUAAUUAGGAAAAACCAGAAAAAUACAUGUAUUAUCUAUAGUAGUAAAGAAAUCAAAACACAGAUACAUUUAUAUAUUAUAAAUUAUGAAAUUACACUAAUAACUACAACUAUAAAAGUGGAUUGAGAAAUAAUAUCCUUCUUAAGAUUCGCUGACGAUAUUACACUCCUAGCUAACAAUGAGCAUGAUUUGGAAAGAGCACUGGAAGAAAUGGCGAGAUGCUUCCACAAAUAUCAGCUGAUUAUCAACUGGCAAAAAACUAAAGUUAUGAUGUGCCAAAAAUCAGACAGAAUCCGGAGAAUUAAUAUCCAAACAGGGAAUCAGCUGCUUGAACAAGUGGAACAUUUUAGAUACCUAGGCAAUCUAAUCAACCAAGAUGGAAGAUGUGCCAUGGAAAUAAGAUCCAGAAUCGCACAGGCGAAGUCAGCAUUUAUGAAUAAGAAAAAUUUGUUAUGCUCCAAUAGCAUGAGUAUUGGAGUGAGGAAACGCUUCAUUAAAGUGUAUGUAUGGAGUGUGGCACUAUAUGGCUNGGAACAUUUUAGAUACCUAGGCAGUCUAAUCAACCAAGAUGGAAGAUGUGUCAUGGAAAUAAGAUCCAGAAUCGCACAGGCGAAGUCAGUAUUUAUGAAUAAGAAAAAUUUGUUAUGCUCCAAUAGCAUGAGUAUUAGAAUGAGGAAAUGCUUCAUUAAAGUGUAUAUAAGGAGUGUGGCAUUAUAUGGCUGCGAAACAUGGAUUCUGAAUAAGGCAGAACAACGAACACUCGAAAGCUUUGAAAUGUGGUGUUGAAGAAGGAUGCUGAGAGUGAGUUGGAUAGAACACCGUACCAACGAAAGCAUACUUAGUGAAAUAGAUGAAAGCAAAGAGAUUCUCAAAACCAUCAGAGCAAGACGAUGGAACAUGAUUAGGCACAUAUUGAGGCACGAAAAUGAGCUAAUCUACAGAAUAAUAGAAGGGAAAAUGGAAGGCAAAAGGGGCCAAGGGCGUCCAAGAACUUCAUUUGUCAAACAAAUGAUUUCCGAUACUAGACUAUCAAGCUACGCCGAACUGAAGAGGUUAGCUGGGAACAGGGAAGAGUGGAGAGCGCAUGUCCAACUGCAAAACCAACCUUAA